CAGCUUUAAUGAUUAAGUAACCGGAGGCUCGCCGGAGCGAACACAGCAGCAACACGCCCUGCGAGGUCACCUGCUCACGGGAGACUUCUCAGAGGCACAGCCGAGCAAUGGCCUGAUUUCUCGCUUAUAUUUUGAUUAGGUUACUAUGUAUUGUACUAGUAUUAUAUAUUUUUUUGUUUCUCUCAGCAUGGAAUGACGACGGACUCUGAAAGGCCGUAAUGGAAACCUUGCCAAUAGGUUGGACUGUAUGUCACACCUGUGACCAGAAGGGAGACGUGGCAGCGCUGUUGAACGGGGGUGUUGCUGACACCAAUACAAACACACACGUCCAUGAUUUGUUUCAUGAAGAUGCACAAGGUUUCCAGCCGUGCCGCCAGCCGUGGUGGAGGAUCAAACUGUUUGUGUGGGAGCCGGUGCUCUUUGGUACCUGGGAUGGAGUCUUCACCACCUGCAUGAUCAACAUCUUUGGUGUGGUGCUGUUCUUACGCACCGGCUACCUGGUGGGGAACACCGGCGUGCUGCUCGGGAUGCUGCUCGUCUCCUUGGUCGUGCUAGUGGCUUUAGUGACGGUGAUGUCGGGGAUUGGGGUGUGCGAGCACUGCGGCGUCGGGAGUGGAGGAAUCUACUCCAUGAUCUCCAUCGUCCUGGGCGGCAGGCUCGGGGGCACAGUGGGCCUGCUCUAUGUGUUCGGACAGUGCGUAGCCGGGGCCAUGUACCUCACGGGAUUCUCCGAGUCGGUGGCCGAGCUGCUCGGCCUGCAGAGCCAGUGGGCGGUGCGGGGCAUGUCGGCUGCGGUGCUGCUGGCCCUGCUUGGAAUCAACCUGGCAGGCGUGAAGUGGAUCGUCCGACUCCAGCUGCUGCUGCUGGCUGUGCUGGCCGUCUCCACACUGGACUUUGUCAUCGGCACCUUCGCACACCUCGAUCCAGAAAAUGGUUUCGUCGGUUAUUCAGCCGCGCUGCUGCGCAGCAACACGAUGCCAGACUACACCCCGGGGGAGAACUUCUUCACCGUCUUUGGGGUCUUCUUCCCUGCUGCUACAGGGGUUAUGGCAGGCUUCAACAUGAGCUCAGACCUUCAGCGGCCCGAACACAACAUCCCCGUGGGAACGCUGGCAGCUGUCUUCACCUCGUGGUUCCUGUAUCUGGUCUUUGUCUUCCUCCUGGGCGCCAUCUGCACCAGAGAAGCUCUGCGCUAUGACUUCUUGAUAGCAGAAAAGGUCUCCUUGGUGGGCUUCCUCUUUCUGCUGGGCCUCUACAUCUCCUCCCUGGCUUCCUGCAUGGGCGGCCUGUACGGGGCACCCAGGAUCCUCCAGUGCAUCGCCCAAGAGAGGGUCAUCCCCGCGCUGGCCUUCCUGGGAAGAGGGAAAGGCCCAAACAAGAUUCCUGUGGCGGCCAUCUUUCUGACCAGCCUGCUCACCAUGGCCUUCAUCUUCAUCGGUCAGGUCAACGUGCGGGCCCCCAUCGUCACCAUAAACUUCAUGCUCACCUACAGUUUCAUCGACUACUCCUUCUUCAGCGUGGCCAUGACCUUCCAGCUGCAGGCCAAAGAGAAGCGGGAAACCCUCGUCCAGGCCGAAACGAACCGCCGCGGGUCGGCCAGGCAGAGCUCGACGCCUCUCAUCGAGGACAAUCUUCUUCGCUAUGGGAGCGAAGGCGAGAGUCCGCGGGGUAAAGGCACGCUGUUGGAGUUCACCAGGGACAUGGACCAGAUCUUUCCCGCCGUGGCAGAUGUGGACGCCGGGGCUGAGAAUGCCUCCCCCACGCAAGGGCUGAGCGGUCAACGUGAGGGCGGCAAGACCAGCGGCACCGCCAAGCAGAAGCUGAUGAACAGCUUCGGGUUGGACCUGAACAGCAACGUGUUCUCGGAGGAGAGCGGAGAGGAAGCCGAGGCGCAGCGCGGGGGCGCGGAGCCCGCAGCUCGAGAAGAACCCCCAGUCGAACCCCGGCGCUGUUCAGCAGUGGACCACGAGGAGCCGGAUCCGUACGCCGACCCUCACAGACACGGCGCAGGGUUUGGAGGCAAAGCGGAGCACCAGAGCUUUGAUAUCAGACCCAUGCAGGAUUCAUUGCAUGCAAAGUUUUGCAACCCCUGGGCUGCUCUGAUCGGGGCAUUGAGCUCUGUAUUGAUUAUGUUUAUAAUCCAGUGGGUUUAUGCUUUGGCAAACAUAGUCUUCGCCCUGCUGCUCUUCUUCUACAUCGGGAGAACGAGUCCUGGACUGCCCACAGGUAUUGCGGCGCGAUUCAGCUUUUUCACAUGGCUCAGAACCACACUAAACAGCAUAUUCAGGAAGAAAGGAUGUCCUCGCGAUGAGAUCGUUGUCACUCCCUCUCUGUCUGGCUUCGGGCUUAAAACCAAGCAGCUCACCGAGGAAAACGCUGACUUUGCUUCUCGGCACCGCUAUCACCAAUCCUCAUUCAUCAGGGUCAACAAGAUGGUGCAGCCGCCACUGACUGACUGACUCACGUAGCCCCUCUGCUACCAAGUCUUAUGUGGCACUGUGGGCCAUUUCUGCACACACACAUCUUUCCUGCAUAUACGUUAAAUGGAUACUCUAAUGUCUAAAUAUACUUCAUGGCUUUAACGUUGGAAGUAUCGCCAUCUUUGUUUUGUCAGAUUACUGUACGUCCGGGCGCUAUGGUGCUCGUGUUGUUGAGUGGGCACCAUGUUGUAAAUGUGGAAGAAAGGUUGAAUUAAAAUAUGUUGGUGCACCUCAGUCUAUGUGUGUGUUUGGGGAUCAUUGAAAUUAAUUCCAGGUAUUUACUUGUAGUUGUAACUCAUCCAUAUUCUUGUAGACCAACAAUUUACAAAUGACCAAAAAUGAAUAGAUUUUCAUAUUCAUUGGCGACAUCUGAUUCAACACACAAGGUAAUAUAUUGAGCUGUGUCUUACAUGACUAAUGAAGAAAAAGGCUCACUUACUGUAGUUUAUGGUGCAUCAGCAUAUUCCGAAAUGUAAUUUAAAAUGUACAUAUACUUUACAUAUUACGUAUCAAAAUGACUCGUAAUGGGGUUAUGGUGUCUAAAAUAUAUACGUUCUAUAUAUAGCACUAUGUACAAAAGCACAGAUAAGACCAAUAUGAAACCAAAAUCAUUAUCUGAAUGUUUUAAAUGCUGGACCGCAGCACUACAGCUGCAUUGUUCCAAUCUGAUCACAAUCAAAUCAGUGGUGACAAUGUUUUUAAAGGAAAAGGGUCUGCAGAUUGGAUCCAAGUCUCACAUUGAGUUAAAUCUGAACUAAAACAGGUUGUUAAUGUUUAAAUACAUCAUUCAAAAUCAACCGUCCCUCUGUGUAUCAAAAAUCAUAGCCAGCAUCAUGUUUCCCCGCCGCUUCUUAGCAACAUAAUCUCUGAUUAAGAAUGAAAACGAGCGUUUGAUCGGCUCACACUUCAGUUACAUCAGCAGUCGAUCAAUAUCUUUUUUGUUUUUUUCUUGAAUGCAUGGAGAUGACAGAUGAGGUCGUGCUAUUUCAGUGUUGGGCUUGUUUUGCUCGGUUAAGAAGAGUCACUGUUCCAGCAGCAGAGAAAGCAAAGCUGUGAAAACCACUUCCUCUAAGGAUGUUAUCAACAGGCACAUAUGCAGGCCAAAAGGUACACGCACGUUUUCCCUUGCCAUUAUUUGACAUUAUAGUUCACUCUGCAUCCAGAGUGUUAAUCUUUUAUAUGACUUUUAUAUUCAUGGGCAGGGCUUGCAAUGUGGAAAUAGUGUUUUGGAUUAGGCCAGAAGGACAACAGUUAUUUGUACUUUCCGCUUCAAUAAAUAUUAAUAUUCCAGUAAUGUUAAAUGCACUAAAUAUACUUUCACCAUCAACUGCACUAAUUAAAUCAGUCCAUUGUAAAACUGAAUAUUCAGCAUUACGAGAGACUGAAAGGGGUCCAAAGGAGAAAUUAUUUACACAAUUACAUUAUUUUUAUAUGGCUUGGAGAAUCAAAACAAUGGCUUAAAAAUGUAUUGAUUGUCAUAAAAAAGAGGUAGCGUGUCAUUAUUAUUGUUAUAUGACUUGACGUAUUGAUUGUAUGACUUUGUUGUUCGGGUUUCUAUCAGAUCUUACAGCCUCCCGGGGCUGAGGUGGAACAUUCCGACAACACCUGAAGGCAGCAAAAAUGCAUCCCCAGUCUAUGGGUUGAAUAAAAACACUAUUUAGUGA